CACCCUACGAAGUUCCGUGCAAGUCGCCGUUCACGUGCCCAGGACAGUUGCAAAAUAGGCACUUCGGUAGUUCUCCUACUUUUCUUUUUUUGGCACUCGCGAGCAGUUUUAAACUAUAUAUUUAUGCACAUGCAUUGCCCAUGACGGGUUCCCGACUAGCCCUUCAACUUUUUCAUUGACUUUCCUAUCUUUGCUGGCCCAAAUGUCUGAUAAACCAGAAUUGACCAUAAGCUUUGUUGUCGUUGGUGGUGGAAUCGCAGGCCUUGCAUGUGCGAUAGCACUUAGACGAGUCGGCCAUCGCGUACUUGUGCUCGAACGAUACUCAGAUGCAGAAGUUUCAAAGAUGUCGCACGGAGGCAUUCGGUUGCCUCCAAACGUCUCGAAAGUUCUCUUUCAUUGGGGCCUCGAGGGCCCUCUUCGGCAAGUAUCUAUAACGUCGAGAGCUAUGGAGGUCGAUAUUUAUGAAACAGGCGAGUUUAUUGGUACCCACCGGUGGGAAGAAGAGGUACUGCGAGAGACUGGAGGAGAAUUCCUCUUCCUGCAUCACGACGGUCUCCGGCGAGUUUUGUACGAGGCCGCUAUAGCAGCGGGCGCUCAAGUGCGAGCGGGAGCAACUGUUGUCUCUGUAAGCGGUGAUAGACCCCACGUGACAUUGUCCACGGGGGAAACACUACUGGCCGAUGUGAUUAUUGGCGCCGAUGGCCGCUCGAGUUUAGUGCAACAAGCAAUUGUCGGUAAGGAUAUUUUCGACGCAGCACCAUAUCAACAUUUAUUCUACAAUACUACCGUCCCGGGAGCGCUUAUGAGAGCCGACCCUCAAUUAGCACUCUUCUUCAAGCAACCCGUUGAGACUAUGUAUGUUUGGCUGGGCAACAACCGUUCGGCUUGUGCGUUUCGUAUGGGAGGUAAAGACGAGUAUGCGCUACAUUUAUGGGUGCCUUCCAGGCAAAAGGGGUUAUCCGACGAUGAUUGCUGGGGAGGAGGCCUAGAUUUAAAUGAGAUGCGGCGGCAGCUUGGAGAGUGCGAACCGAGACUCCAAAAGAUGACCAAACUGGCUGCCACACCUGCCCGUGUACAGGUCAAGAUGGUUCCACCAAUAGAGGAUUGGGUUGAUGAACACGGUCGUAUGGUAAUUCUAGGGGAAGCUGCACAUCCACUUCCAGCAGGAUCCUUGCAAGGCGGCGCAAUGGCUGUAGAAGACGCUGCUGUACUCGGAAAGCUUUUCUCCCAUCUCCGAGAUAAGGACCAAAUAUCGACGUUUUUACAUGCAUUUCAAGAUCUCCGGGAAGAUCGCUGUGCCAGUGUCGUGCAUACCGAACAAUGCAAUAUGUAUUUCCAAAUGAUGCCGGCUGGUCCUCAGCAGGAACAACGCGAUCAGGACAUGCGCGCCAAGACUGCUCAAGGGGAAAGUGUUUUCUGUGGCGGCGAAGCUUCCGAACAAUGGGAGCAACUCAAAGUACUUUGCGGAUACGAUGCUGAAGAUGAAGCCGACAACUGGUGGGUCAAUUGGGGCCUUCUCCGCGAGAGAGCCAAGCAGCGGUCAUUAGACAUGGAGGCAGAAAUGAACACUGCAAGGCUGGGUAGUCUCCGUUUGCGAGCAUGACGAGUGCUCCUCCCCUCUUUAUUAUGUUAUGUUUAGUGUAUUCACAUAUAUUGCUCGUUCCUUUCGUUUAAUGGCGUCGCUCUCUAGUCACUCAUUUGCUCAUCGUUCCUUUCUGUAAUCUCUCGUUGCAUUGUUAUUUUAUUGAUCUCUCAGUUCAGGACAUUCGGAUACCACCACAUUAACAUUAACACUACUAUCGUUACAGUCGUAUUUGCUACUCACAGGGCUAUUGAAUAGAUUACCAAAUUUCAAGGUUCGAGC